UUUAUCGGUUUAAAUUAUUUUAUGCGUCUUUAGUGCGUUUAGAAUGGACGUUAUUAAUUUUUGCUUGUGAAAUUUAUACGUUUACGAAAUGAGGACGUUCGAUUUUCAUAAGCCAGAUUAAGGAUAAUGUUUGAUGUUUAAGCUUAUGUUUGGGUUAGAUUAUCCUUGUUAUUAAAUGGAAAAGUUAACUUUUUUAACUUUGUUGCAUACCUGGCAAGUCGUGGCAUUUAAAUUUAUUCAUGUAAUAGCACAAUUUCAUGUCUCAAUUAUCAAAAUAUUUAAUAAAUUAUUCGGUAGUAAGCAAUGGCGUAUUUUACCGCGCAUUCUAUAUCCAAUAAUAAUACGACUUAACUAUUCUAUGAAACUAAUUUAUUUGGUAAUUAAUGAAAAUUACCAUCUAUUUUGUUUGAAAUAUGCUAGAUAAUCGAGCGUCCUAAUAACUUGGCGACAAUAAAAACAAUGAGCAAUUCUGACAUUUUGAAGUAAACUAUUCAAACUUGGAAAAUGUAUGCUCAUGAAUCAUGAAUAAAGUUUUGAAUUUAGAUACUUGCUUGAUAAUUUGUUCUCAAGAAUUCAAGAGUAUAAAUACUACUUAGUGUAUGGAGUAAUUGGAUGUUUUGAAGUGCCUUUAGUGAUAUUUUACUGUACAAAGAAAAAUGGUCAAAGUAUGCGCAGUGAAAAGUUGUCCAAAUGGACUUAAAAUGAAGAACAGAAACAAUAGUGCAUCCCCAUCCUUAUCUUAUUUUCGUCCAAUGACACCAAAAAAAUUGCAAAAUUGGAGAAAAUCUCUUGGUAUUGUCGACUUAAAAUCUACAGAUUAUAUCUGUCACCUACAUUUCAAAAAGGAGGAUGUGACAAUGUUUGAAAAGAACAAAACAAAUGGAGAGGUCCAGAUUUUGAAAACAGGAAAAACCACACUCAAUGAUAAGGCUCUACCGUCUGUUAAUCAUCAGUUUACCCCCACACCAGAACAUAAGCUAGCAAGAAAACCAGACUCCUCUUGCUUUCAAACACAAAACAGCAUCAAGGAAGUGUUUGUAGACCAAGAGACAGAUGAUCCAUAUAUGGAUAAAACUGAACACUUUUCAGAUCCACUCUUAGACAAUGUGUCAAACACGACAAAAACAAGUCAAAAUAUAGAGAAAUGGGUUAAUAAUAAAAAAAUCCUAAAACUACCCCCAACUUGGAUGUAUGUGAGGAAAGAAAACAGAGUUGAAUAUGAGAGGAUUAAUCUAAAUACUGGCGCAGCCAGAAAUCUUGUUACAUUUUUACCUAACAAUAAAGAAAUUAUUUUAAAAAAGAAAAUCGAUUCAUUCAAAAACAUCUAUGACUGUUUAAAACAUAUUGAAAGAAUACGAUUAUGUGCUGGCACACGAAUUCACAAUAAGCGCUACUCCAGACGUUGUGAAGGUGUAAUCCAUAGUCUAGAAGUGUACACAGCAUGCAAGCCGUGUCGAAUGUUAAGGAAUGUUUUACAGGAGCGUAUACCGACUGACUGAGAGUGCUGCAAUACGGAACUUAAGUGUUACAAAGAAAUAUAAAAGCAAAUAUAUGAUAUUUUUUCUGGAGACGCGAUCGGAUUGAUUCUAAAAUGUUUUCUAAUUAUAAUAAUUUUAGUUAUAAGCAAUCGUAAUAUGUUUAGUAUUAGAUAGUAUGAAAUAAAUUUAUGUAUUUUGUA